AUGAGGAGUGACGAGCCGACGACGCCCAUGGAAGAGAGCGGCGCGCCAGACGACGCUACGGCGCAGGGCGGCCCGUGUCCCGGCCUGGCCCCGGCCCCUCCCGGCCGCCUGGGGGCGCCCUACUGCGAGGCCUGGGGCUACUUUCACCUGGCCCCCGCGCGCCCGGGCCACGCGGCGGGCCAGUGGGCCACCUGCCGGCUGUGCGGGGAGCAGGUGAGCCGCGGCCCGGGCUUCCACUCGGGCACCCCGGCGCUGUGGCGGCACCUCAAGAGCGCGCAUCGACGGGAGCUGGAGAAGAGCUCCGCCCGCAGCUCGCCGGCCGCCGCCCCGGGCCCGCUGCCGCCGCCGCCGCCUCCUCGCGGGCCCUCGGCCGAGGGCGACUGGGCGCGCCUGCUGGAGCAGAUGGGCGCGCUGGCCGUGCGCUGCAGCCUGCGCGAGCGCGAGCUGGCGCGGCGCGAGGCGGCGGUGGAGCAGGGCGAGCGCGCCCUGGCGCUGAGGCGCAGGGCCCUGCAGGAGGAGGAGCGCGCGGCGGCCCAGGCGCGGCGGGAGCUGCAGGCCGAGAGGGAGGCGCUGCAGGGGCGGCUGCGGGAAGUGAGCCGCCGCGAAGGCGCCCUGGCCUUGGCCUCUACUCCGCUGCAGACUCCGCUCAAAGAAGAGCCCUUGGGGGAGAGGGACGGCUACAUAAUUACCAAGGUCCUGUAGGUCUGGGCCGCUUUCCACUCCCAGCCCCUCCCGUGCCAGCGCUACUCCAAGAGUGGUCCACGGAUCAGCCUCACCUGGGGGCUGAAUCUCAGGCCCACCAAGAUCUGCAAGUGUGGACCCUUGAGAAGCACUUAGGAAACCAGAGCAGAACCAAAAAUCACUUAAUGCUCUGUGCCCCGCCACGCCCCGGGAUGCCUGGGAGCACCAGCUCCAGGGGCCUCCUUUGCUGUUGGGCUUCGGUGCAAGGAGGUGGUUUUCCUGCAACUCCUUUCGGAAGGACAGCUCCGGCCUAUAUUACCCGGAGUCCUGUAACUUCCAUACGGACCAAAGACUGCCACACCACGUGGCUGGACACCCGCCAGGGCAACCCAGGGUGGAGGGAGCACGGAAAUGAGGAUCGAGCGUUUUAUUCAAGGAGAGUUUUAUUCGUUUCCUCACGAAUAAAUCUUCGGCAAGUUGGCUUUGCCAGGCACGAGGUUCUGAAAAGGGGGCCAUUUAGCCUCCACAACUGUUCUUUACCCUGUCAUCCUAGUGCCUCAUCAGAACAAUCUGGGAGAACCCCUGUUUGCGCCCCAGCUUGAAGAGAGCGCACCCCAGCUGUUCCCUUUCCGUUGAAGACCCAGUGGCGGCUGUGGUGCGUUUGUGCCUUACGCUUCCUUACUAGCAAAACAUGAGCUCCUCCCUCCUGAGGAAGGGAGCUUGGUUCCCCACAAAACAGUCCUCACUUCUGGGCCACAAGAGAAGACCUCUCUCCCAUCUGAGGUCACCUUUACUUCUUCCCGUUUGCAUCCAUUCCUCUUCCACCUUUACUGGACCUUUGCUCCAUUACCGUUUCUCCUUUCCUCUCACUCCCUCUCUUCCCCAGACUACUCUGGUUCCUCAGCAACAAGUCUCGCCUUGUACUAAAAAGAAAGAUUUGCCCAGCUUGACUGUCCCCAGCUUAACACUACCCAAGAGGGGUCCAGUCAUCCUUGCUGCCUGUAUUUCCUCCCCAUACUUAAGUCCUUUCCUGGAGGUCAGCUUCCCAUUCUACACUGGACCCGUAAGCUGAAUAGAAUUUGUUUUGAGCCUUCAUCUUGCUAGUAAAAUGAACACCCACAUAUACCCUCCACCUAGACUGAACACUUGUUAACAUAUUGCCUUAUUUUCUCUGCCCUCUAUCCCAAACAUACAUGGCAUUUCAUCCUGAAGUAUUUCAGUCUAUAUAUCCUAAUAGCCUCUAAUACAGAGUCCUUAAAAUUCUCCAUUGUCUCAAAAAGGUCUUUUUAUCUUUCUUACAAAACAGGGUCCAAUCAAGGUUCAUACAUUACUUUUUGAUAACUUUAGUCUCUUUUAGUCUAGAAUAGCUCCCUUAUUACUUUUUUUUCCAUGACACUUUUUUUUUUUAACAUUUAUUUUUGAGACAGAGCAUGAACGGGGGAGGGUCAGAGAGAGGGAGACACAGAAUCUGAAACAGGCUCCAGGCUCUGAGCUGUCAGCACAGAGCCCGACGCGGGGCUCGAACUCACGGACCGCUAGAUCAUGACCUGAGCCGAAGUCGGCCGCUUAACCGACUGAGCCACCCAGGCGCCCCUCCAUGACACUUUUUGAGAGUCCCAGCCCUCUGGCUUCUAGAAUGCCCUUUAUUCUGGGUUUGAUUGUUUCCUUAAGCCAAUUUAUGCGCUCAUUCUUGGCUCAUCUGCCUCUGUGCCAGUGACUCCUGACUGCCUCCAGCCUCACGUUUUCUUCCCAAGUUCUGGCUUCAUGUCCAAUCCCUGCUGUGUGUCUCUACCUCUGUAUAGCGUGCCACUGCAGAUGGAAAGGGCAAAUCUCUUCAGUUCCACAUCCCCACCCCUCACCCGAUUAUAACAUUUAUGGGGCUCUGAGAAAGUAUUAGGUAUAUACUGCACACUGUACAUGUACCAUCCGACUCUAUUCUCACAGCAGCUCCUUGAGGAGGUAAUACUGUGCCCACUUACAGCUAAGGAAAUGGAGAUAGGGGCUAAGUAGGUUGUAAGUAGUAGCUUUGAGAUCCAAAUCCAGUCUAUACCUCCAGAUGCCCUGUUCCUAGCUGCUGCACUAUCUCCCUUGCUAGUCACUGUGUGAACACCAGUUUCCUCCCUAACUCUAAUUCCAGGUAUACUGGCACCAUGUGCCAGAGCUGUGCCAAAUGCUUUAGAAUAAGUGCAUGGGCAGCAACCCCAUGACCUAAUUAUUCUUAUGCCCAUUUUGUAGAGGAAGAGACAAGCUCAGGGAACUAAGUAAUGAUGAAGGAGAGUGGGAUUUGAAUUCAUCUCACUGAGGGACACCUGGGUGGCUCAGUUGGUUGAGCAUCCUACUCUUGAUUUUGGCUCAGGUCAUAAUCCCAGGGCCGUGGAAUCUGUGUUGGGCUCUGCUGAGCAUGGAGCCUGCUUAAAAUUCUCUUUCCCCCUCUGUCCCUUUCCCCCACUCACACUCUCACUCUCUCUAAAAGAAAAAAAGAAAAAAGGUUUGAAUUCAUCUCACUCAAUCCUAGGCCCCUAAUAUACUGAGGCUAUUUCUAUAAAGUGUCACACCUUCUUCCUUCUGGUGCCACCUGCUAAGCUCAAGCCUCACGUAGCAUUCAUCUGGGGUUCAUCUUCCCAUCCUCGUCUUCCCCAGUUGCCCCCUUCCUAACACUCAGCUUGGCCAAAGGAACUGUUCUAAGCCAGCACUGAUUAUAUGCUCAAAGCCCCCACCCCCAGCCCCAUCACCCAUCGUUAAGCUUCAACUCUGUGGCCUGACAUUCAAGUGCCCCCACCCUGGUGCCAAUCUUAUCUGUCCCUUCCCCUACAUGUAUUGUAUG